GAGUCCCAAGUCACGAAACUGGCAACAUUCAUUCCGUAUGUCUUUUUGAUUUGAUUCUUUGCCGUGUCGUUUCGGCGAAGACUGCCAGUAUGAAGUUCAAUAAACUGGUUACGUCCUCCAGAAGGAAAAACAGGAAGAGGCAUUUCAGCGCACCUUCCCACAUUAGAAGAGUUCUUAUGUCCUCACCUCUGUCGAAGGAACUUAGACAGAAGUUCAAUGUGAAGUCAAUGCCCAUCCGUAAAGACGACGAAGUACAGGUUGUACGUGGUCACUACAAAGGACAACAAGUUGGCAAAGUAGUGCAGGUGUACAGAAAGAAGUUUGUUGUAUACAUUGAGAGGAUUCAGAGAGAAAAAGCCAAUGGAGCCAGUGUAUAUGUCGGCAUUCACCCUUCAAAGUGUGUUAUAGUUAAACUGAAAAUGAACAAAGAUCGUAAGUCUAUCUUAGACCGUAGAGCUAAGGGCAGAUUGGCGGCACUUGGCAAAGACAAGGGCAAAUACACUGAGGAGACUGCCACAGCAGUUGAGACCUCGUAAACAUAAUUUUAAGAACAAUAAAAUAUUAAAACAA